UAACAGUAAUGUCUCAACAUAUGAAACUGAUCUGUAGAAAAUGUAACUUGAAAAAAGAGACAUUGCACAUACUUUGUAAACCAAGAAAUCCUUAAUAAAUAUAUGUGUGGGGUUUUUUAAUCCUUGUUCAGGUAUCGUAUAAAAUUCACUGGGCUUGGAAUUGAGCAAGUUCCUGUUCUACCUCAUAAAAUAAGAUUACCAUAUUAUAAACUUUGAACCUACUGAAGAAAGGAUAAUGCAUAUAUGCAACGACAAAAAAAGCAAAUAAUGGAAAGUGCAAGUGUGUCAAGAGAGGAAUCUUUCUAACAGGCUCAGUUUUGUCCAGAGUAAUUUUUGCCACCACAAUUUAUACUCUAAACCAGGGGUAGUCAACCUUUUUAUACCUACCACCCACUAAUGCAUCUUUCUUGAUGGUAAAAUUUCCUUACCGCCUACUAGUGCUCGAUGGAAGGAGGAUUCAGCUUGUGCCAUAGAACCCCCUACCGCCCACCUAGAACCCUGAAAUGCCCACUAGUGGGCGGUAGGGACCACGUUGACAACACCUGCUCUAAACCUUCACAGAGUUUUUGGGAGUCUGUGAAUUGUUCUUCUAUAGUUUAUUUAACUGAUUAGACAACCCUUUACAAGGACUAUGGGCCACAAAUUAAAUGCAGGCCUGGCUCUCACUAGACAUUAUCCGUCUAAUGCAGGGUUUUCCAGUUUUAUUUUGUGCGGCUUCCAUCAGGAAAGGGCAGACCAAGUGGACUCUGUAUGUGGAAUGUGGAAGCUCCCAGACUUGACCUUUGAUGGGGAGAUAAUAUAACAUUUCCCAGUUGCCCACUCAGGCAAUACUGGAAUCAAGCUCCUGCAAAAGCCUUCAAAUGAUCCAGAGUGACAUGCUGGAAAUCUGUGUGGGUGUGCAGCUGUGCAAUAAGCAACUGAGGGGGAGGGAUGCCACGCCAUAAAAACGGAUGAGGGGUUUACCAAAGUAUGGGCAGCAUCUUUGUACCAGUGGGAGGACAAAGAUGGCAAGGGGGGUAGGUGUGGGCCCAAGAUGGCAAAGGCAGGAAUCGUCCCAAAUACAGCAGCUGUGAUUCCCAAGUUGAAAGAAAACACUCCAGAAUUGUCUCUGCACAGCUGUGAAUUUUGAAGCCGCUUCCCUAGGAAAGCCAGGAAAAAGCUGCUAUGGUUUGAUAGAUUUUGCAUGAGAGCCAGACAGGAAGGCAAGUUUGUUUGAAGGAAAGGCUACCUACUUGGCUCUUUUCAGGCCUCGAAAGGAUGCACCUACAAGCUGCGGUCUCCGAUAGAGAACAAGCUCCUUUGCACCCAAGCCCAGCCAGUGCUUAAAAUUCACUUCCAUUCUAGUGCUUUGAGGUGGGGCAGGUGGAGAACCAGUCAGGCCUACAGUGGGGUGGGAUUUUACCUGGGCAUAUACCAGGCAUAUACUGGCUCAGGAAUCAGAGUAAGGACUUCCAGCCAAACAUCCUCUUCCAUAUGGUUUGAGGGAAACCUGGGAGGGGGAGGAUGAAGCAGUUGCUCUGUGACCUUGGAUCGGGUGGUCUCGGAUGACAUUUGAGAAGCCUUAUGAUGAGAGCAUCUAUGCCAGCUUACUGCCAGGCAGCUGCUGGAAGUGAACAGAUUCCUCUUGCCUCAGAAGCUGAGAGAGCCAAAGUAUGCCCGCUUUAUUUGUUUAUUUAUAAAUUUCUUCCUGCACUUCAGGACCAAGUUAUAGAUGAGGCUCUGUAGAGAAUGCUGUGAUAAUAAAUAAGUUGUCAAUGAUCGCACUGCCAAAUAUUUCUGUUCGCUGUGGCCUAGCAACUCGAGGCCUAAUUCUUUCCAAUAGAGGGCAGUGGUGUCAUUUUAGCCAGUAAUGGGAGCUGACAGACUUAUUCCACGCACAACAGGAGUAGUUUGAUUUUUGAUUUUUUUUUAAAAGGUAGUUUACUUCGUUCAACCUGGGAAAUCACAGUAUAACUGGAAGGGUUCAUUUAAGCUAAAUUGCACAAAGGCAGUUUGCUGGGUGUGGCCAUAUUACCAAAUGCUGCUUUGUUCUCAACAUUUGAUGUUAGUAAACUAGUCCAAACCCAUUGCGUUGCUACUAAAUCACACAAAUAAUUUCUAGUGUUCCUGUUCAAAAUAUCAAAGAAACGAAACUUUUUUCUAUAUCAUUUUUAGGAUGCAGAGGACUUCAAUGGCAUUUCGUCUUAUUAUUCACCAUAAGAGCCCCAUUAGCUCAUUUAUUUCUCACAUAUUGGGGAAACCAAGGCAAGGGCUUUCAAGAGCUUACCACUUAAUUAACAGAUGUGGAGGGAUUUGAGCAUGUACUGGAACAGCAAAAGCUGCCUCAUACAGAAUCAAGGUAUCUUGGUCUAUUGACCAGCAGCAGCUUUGUGGGGUUUUAGACAGAAGCCUUUUCCAACACUAACACAUUACAUUUACUUUACUACUAUUUGACCCUUAUUAACUGGAGAUGGCACCUUGUACAUGCAAAAUAGGUGCUCUGUGGCUAGCUACAGCCCUGCUCCAUUCUGAAGACUAUCUGUAUGAUGUCACCUGUAAUGCAUUAUCUUGCAUGGCCAUAGAAGAUUUUUAACAUGCAGUUCUGAGCUAGAAUGAUCACAAGAUAAUCUCUUUUAAAAAAUUCCUCUCUGUAACGUGGUAUUGUAAAAGCGGUCGCAAGACAUGAAAACCUGGGGAGAAAGCUAGUUUUCUAAUACUUUUCUAGAUAUGGCAACUCACAGCUGUGCAAUGCUGGUAAGUGUUCUUAGAUUCACCAUGUGAUAAGAUCUUUCAAUCUUCAUACUGUAUGUGUUGCAUGAUGGGAAGGAGUUACAGCCACAGUAGCUGCAAAAGGCAUGAAAGCAGCGGAUGAGCAUAGAGAGACAGCUAGUGCUGGCAGCAGAUAUGGAAGAGGGGCAAAGCUAUUUAUUUUAAUCACAGAAUUGAGGGCGAUUCACACUUUGUUUUGUUCGUUUUGCAUACCUUACCAGAGUAACAGGGUAAAUAACCCACAGGAAAAUCUGCCCUGCAAAUUCAUGGCAGAAAGAUCUAAUAAUGUUGGCUGGUCAUUGAACAACUUGUUGUUUAGUCGUGUCCGACUCUUCGUGACCCCAUGAACCAUAGCACGCCAUUGCACAACUAAUACCGUAUUAAAAUGGCAGGAACAAUGUGGUAAGUACAAAAGAACAAGGCAAGGGAAAGACCUGGAGGCAAUGGCUGUUGGGACAAGUGGGGCACUUGGUAGGUGAUUUGUGGCUAGGAUAUAAAAUCACAGUCAACAGUGGAGGGCACCAAGGCCAUGUCCUGGAACCGGAUAAACGGGAAUUAGAACUAUAUUAAUAGAGUUUGUUCUUAAGAGACAUUUUUCUUUUAUUUUGGCACUGGCACCAAGUAUUCAUAAGGUAAAAGCUCAGCCUGCACAAAACAACAAAGUCUGUAAGUCUCUAAUUAUUGAGAGCCAAAAACUUUUCAUGGCCAUAAGAGCUUUAUGAUAUUGGGAAAGCCCUUAUAAAUAGCCCUAUUGAUAGUCGGACACAUUCUCCGCAUAGAUUUAUAGUCACUAGAAGGGCUGGUUAAGCUGACCCAAUUUUUGUACUUGGGUUUUUUUCAUAUAAAAUAAAAUCUGAACACAUACAGAAACAAACACCCCAGAUUUCUUUUCUUCUGUAAAAUGCUAAUGUUCCAAACGAAUACCUCCCUUCCUUUCACUCUCUUUCCUACAAUGGUAGAUAUCAUUAUCAUCAUCAUCAUCAUAAACUCAGCUUACAUAAAUUUAUUACAAAGCAACUGCUGCUCUCUCUCUCCUAUCGCCCUCCUUCCAUAUGAAAUAAAUGUUGAAAAUGAAAGGAAGUUAAUUAGGCUAUUGGUACGUUAAACAAAAUAUCAUUUCAUUGCACCCAGCCUAUACAAAGACAAUUGCUUAAACAGUUGCUGAUAAGAACACACAACUCAACACAGGUCAAUUUGAGACAUUAAAAUGUGUCAAAAUUCAGAAUUGGACGUACACACGAAAAGAAAAGCAUCCUCAAUUUAGAAAAGGCUCUUUGCUUGAUUGUCACACUGACUCCACUUCCCAGCCAAGUGGGCUGAUCACACCACAUGGAUAACACAGGGGCUAUUGAAUAUUUGUCAACAAGAACGUGGGAAGCCAACUCUCUUGAUUUAUUCUUCCAUUUGAAAUUACAGAAUAUUUUAAAUGUGGUAAUAUUCUUGUGUAGCUGUGUAUUAACAGGGACUGCUUCUGAAUUGCAUCAGGGACCUGUUAUUUUGUUUCAUUUAACUCGUACUGAUGAAAUAAACUACUGAUUUAUUUCAUUUGCAGCUGAAGAGCUGUUAUUUCGAUCUUCCUGAUUCUUAUAUUAGCUUUGCAGAUGUUCCAGUUCCUGGUGCACCAAAGAACACACUGUACACACAAUACGUACCAUACUGUUGAUGUCACAAAUGCAGAAUGUGGCCAGUGGAGAGUCAGAUUCCAUUCACUCUCCAUAAAGGACAAUGGGAUGUGCUGGGAGAAGCUUGGGAGACAGAACCUCCAGAUACAGUACAGGGAAAUUUGAGACAUGAAACUCAAACCUAUCUCCCACUGUGUACAAUGUGGUUAACUUCCAAGUAAGCAGGCAUAAGAUUGCAGCCUGGGAAUGUGAAACUUCAAGCAACUUCAGGGAACAUUCAGUCUUCCCAAAGUUGUCUGCUGAAUCAUUUGCCCCAGAUAUCCUGUGGUCUGUUCAGGUUUUCUUUUCACUUCACCCUGUGUAAGGUUCUCCCAUGUUCAAACCCUUAGAGAAAAACUUUUUCAUGCUAACAUAUGGUCUGACCAAGACAAGACAUUGCAAAUCCUCCCAAAGCUUUCAAGAAACCAAUGCAGACUGCAGUGGUAAGAAGGGCAAAGGGAACAGAAAUUGAAAUUGAGAAAGGGUAGACAUGUUACAGAAAGAACCUGCCACCAUAUUUCCUUUGAUUCUUCAGCAGGGCUGUUCUUGAUCUUUCUUGUCCACUCCAGAGCCAUCUGAUAAGGAACCUGUCUCUGCUGAGUGAAUAGACACAGUGGUGUGGGUUGAUAGCUGAUUUAUGCUUUCUUUGGCAAUGUUUGUGCUUCACUUGAGAAGCUAACAUCACACUUUGGUAAUCAAAAUAAUGUUCCUUGGUUUGAGGCAAUACAGUUACUGUAAAUCCAUCCCACUGUGUCCAGUUGUGGGAUAAGAAAAGAAUUACUUCCAGUAAAGAAUAACAGGCUUCAUCUGUUCACAGAACACUUUUUUUGACUCUCAGACUGCACACAUACUGUCAAUGGGUGAGUUUAGCCAACAAUCAGUGGAUACUACUGUGAACAAGUGCCUCCUAAGGCUCAGUCCACUAUUACCCAUUGAGGCACAGUGGCUAAGAAGGUUGUAAUAGGGUUGGAUAGAGCUCAAUUCUGAUCUCCACUCAGCUACAAAGCCAAUCACUGCCUCCAAGCCUAACCUACUUCACAGGGGACUCCUCCAGAUAGCCUCUUCCUUGAGCAUUCAUUCUGAUUUGCUUUUAGGGAGGUUAUAGGUCUUCCCACCCAUCAGUGGUUAUCCCACACUUUGUUGUGUAUUUCCCAUCACUUUCCUAACUGCAAGAAGCCAGGUGGUGGUGGUGGGGGUUUUUUAAGUGAAUUUCUUGCACCAGAGUGACAGAGGACUGUAAUACGCUUUAGUUGUGCAAACCUCAAUUUCCAGUAAGCAACUGAAUUCCUCUGCAAAGUAUUGACUUUGGAGGUGACCAGAGGUGUUCCAGGGAUAAAGGGGAGGGGGGCAGUGUAUGCUAGCUUGAUUAAAUUGGCAAAAAGUUAGGAUCUACAUUUAAUAAAGAAAAAAAACCUGUUGCCUCCUAUAAUGUAUUCCCAACUAGAAACAGUGUUUGUGGGAUUUCUGAACACAGAGAGACACCUGACCCUUCAUAUGUGUGCUGCAAUGGAUGAAGCCAAAACUUGCAAAUCAUCACUAGGUAAUCCACCCCCCAUUCGUUUGGUGAAUGGGGAAUAAUUUCACUUAGAAUUUACCAGCUGAAGGAAGUAAAUAUACAGAGAUUUUUUUAAAAAAAUACACAUCAUAAAGCAACUAUAGCAGUCACAUUACCAUGGAGUGCACAUGCUAUAUUGUCUUUAGAGGACCUUGAAGUGUGCUCAGCUGAUUAUAUAGCACCUGUUUAGCAUAUGCAUAAGCACAGAAUCAUCACAUAAAUACUAUUAAUGGGUGCUGUGAUAAUGUGUAACCAUUCUGAUGUCAGGUAGAAUUCAUAAAGAAUUAUAUUAUCAUGAGGUUUGCUGGAAUUCUUGUACUUUAAUGAAAAUAAGUUGCAGCAUUUGUCCCAUUCCUAGUUUCAUCAGCUCCUUGAGCUGUUCCAUGCUUCAUUUUUCUUCCUUUCUUCUUUUUUGCUAAAUUCAUGCCUGUUUACUACAGACUUCCAUUUAGUUGUGACCACGUUCUCUUAAAUAUUUUAAGGAGUGUUUUAUUUAACUUUGCUGAACUGUUUAAUGUUGCCUGUAAUAGUUCUGUAUCAGCAGCAGAUUCGUUUUGGUUAUGACUUACAUUUAAAAUGUAUUUGUAAACUGCUUAAAUAUGCUAAGAAUUAUCCUUGGGGACCACAGUAAAAUGCAGUCAUGUUUAUUUGUAAUUGCUACAAAAUGGUUUACAGAAUUGUUAGUGUCUUUUAUUAUGCCCUGCUACUGAAGUGCUUGCUUGUUAAUUAGAGAAAUUUCAGCUGUCAUAGGCAGCAAUUAUAGCUUCUGUAUCACUGUCUGUUAUGAAUAGUCAAUGAGAGCUGAUUAAUAUGCAUGAGCAGCAGUAUAUAGUGUGUGCAUUGGACUAAAGCAGUAGAGGGAGUGUUGUGUACUGUGAGUGGAGGAGGGAGAGCAUUAAGGAAGGAGGCAGAGUUUCUUGCCAGUGAUCAGAGCAUCACCAACGUAAAUCGUUUCAGUUUCAUCUGACUCUCUAAGUGUGCCAAAGGGAUAUCUACAUGCAUGCUUGCUAACAACAACUUCCCGGGCUCUUGCGGUGAAUAAGAAAGACAGUUUUCUUAAACAUGGGAUGCAGCUUGUGCUCUCUGCAGAAACAAGAGGAACAGUACAAAUUGCUGUAUGAAGUUUGCCAGGUAAAUGGAAAAGAUUUAUCUAAAGCAACCCAUGACCAAGCAGUAGAAGCCUUCAAAACAGCUAAAGAUCCCAUCGUCGUUCAGGUCCUGAGGAGAGCGCCACGCAGCAAAAUCUUCAGCCCCUCUCAUGAAUGUCUCCUGGUGGAUAUGGGCACGCAGACUGACAUCACCUUUGAACACAUCAUGGCUCUUACCAAGAUGAGCUCGCCUACCCCACCAGUUUCAGUACUGGAUCCAUAUCUCUUACCUGAGGAGCAUUCAUCAGGGCACGAAUACUAUGACCCAAAUGAUUAUAUGGGAGGCAUUCAUCAAGAAAUGGACAGAGAGGAGCUAGAAUUAGAGGAAGUAGAUUUGCAUCGAGUGAACAGCCAGGACAAGUUUGGGCUUACAGUGUGCUACAGAACUGAUGAUGAAGAUGAUAUUGGCAUUUAUAUCAGUGAGAUUGAUCCCAACAGCAUUGCUGCGAAAGAUGGUCGCAUCAGAGAGGGCGAUCGUAUAAUUCAAAUUAAUGGCAUAGAGAUACAGAAUCGCGAGGAAGCUGUGGCACUCCUUACCAGUGAAGAAAGCAAGAAUGUUUCCUUGCUCAUAGCAAGGCCAGAAAUUCUCCAGCUGGAUGAAGGAUGGAUGGAUGAUGACAGAAAUGAUUUUCUGGAUGAUUUACACAUGGACAUGCUGGAGGAACAGCACCAUCAGGCAAUGCAGUUUACUGCCAGCAUGCUUCAGCAGAAGAAGAAAAAUGAAGAGGAUGGAGGCACUACAGAUACUGCCACCAUUUUAUCAAACCAACACGAGAAAGACAGUGGCGUAGGGCGCACUGAUGAAAGCACUCGGAAUGACGAAAGCUCGGAGCAGGAAAACAAUGCCGACGAUCACACGACUUCCUCAAACACCCUGGGGAGCCAGAAGAAGCUGAACUACAGCCAUGACACGCUGGGCAGUGGGGACAUGCAGUUCAGCAAUGAGUCGUUCAUUUCCGCCGACUGCGCCGACGCUGACUUCCUCGGCAUCCCGGUGGACGAGUGCGAGAGGUUCCGCGAGCUGCUGGAACUGAAGUGCCAGGUGAAGUCCGCCAACCCGUACAGCCUGUACUACCACAACAGCACUCUGGAUAUGAGCAAGAGUGACCACGAGAGCGUGGACAGAGAGCUGGAAAUGCUGAACGAGGAGCUGCGCAACAUCGAGCUGGAGUGCCUCAACAUCGUGAGGGCCCACAAGAUGCAGCAGCUGAAAGAGCAGUACCGAGAGCCGUGGAUGCUGCACAACAGCGGCUUCCGCAACUACAACACAAGCAUAGACGUCCGCCGACAUGAGCUCUCGGAUAUCACCGAACUCCCAGAGAAAUCAGACAAGGACAGCUCCAGCGCUUACAAUACAGGGGAAAGUUGCCGGAGCACGCCUCUCACCCUGGAGAUCUCACCCAACAACUCUCUGUGCAGGACAGCAGAAGAUCUCAAUUUACAAGUUAGCGAAGGAGCAGAAGGGUCUCAGAAAAAUUUGCAGUCUAGCCCAGAAAGUCAUGAAUAUGGCACAGCUAAAGCUCACCCCAAAGAUGCUGAGCAGCUGGAAAUCAAAGAGAGGAAAGAGAGCGACGGAAGCAAAAGCCCAGCUCAGCCCCCCAAACCAGGCAGCUCCUACUUAUCUCCCUAUCACCACUCUCCAUAUAAACAUGCGCACAUCCCUGCCCAUGCCCAGCACUACCAGAGUUACAUGCAGUUGAUACAGCAGAAGUCAGCGGUGGAGUAUGCGCAGAGCCAAAUGAGCUUAGUAAGCAUGUGCAAAGACUUGAACUCUUCCAACCAGAGCGAGCCCAGGAUGGAAUGGAAAGUCAAGGUCAGGAGCGACGGGACCCGUUACAUCACCAAGAGACCCGUGCGGGACAGGUUGCUGAGAGAGCGUGCCAUAAAGAUCAAGGAGGAGCGCAGUGGCAUGACAACGGACGACGAUGCCAUAAGCGAAAUGAAGAUGGGCCGUUACUGGAGCAAGGAGGAACGGAAGCAGCAUGUUGUGAAAGCCAAGGAGCAGAGGAAAAGGCGCGAGUUUAUGAUGCAGAGCAGGUUAGAGUGUUUAAAGGAACAGCAGGGGGCCGAAGAGAAGAAGGAAAUGAAUAUCAUAGAACUGAGCCACAAAAAAAUGAUGAAGAAAAGGAAUAAAAAAAUAUUUGACAAUUGGAUGACAAUCCAAGAACUGCUGACCCACGGCACAAAGUCACCCGACGGCCAAAAAGUUUACAACUCCUUCCUGUCGGUGACUACUGUAUAAUCUUCCGGUGCCAAAGUUGUGUACAUAAAACCCUACCGAUGGGGUAGAGAUUCCUGCCUCGUUAAAUGUGGCAACGCUCCCUCUCUUUUAUUGUAAAUAAAAGACACAUUCAUCGGCUUUAUACUUCAAAUACGGAACUCUGGGUGCAAAAGAGGAGAGAAAGAGUCAUCCACCCAAAAUCUCUUUUAAGGCAAUACAGAACAGACAGACCUUAUUUGGAAUACCAAUAGUACCUUUUUUUGUAACGUGUUACGCUUUUACAUAAGAUGUUUUAAAUAACAGGAAAAGCAUAUUAAUCAUACUUACACAGGUAAUAUCUUUUUAAACUAUAUUCAUAUUUUAAAAAGGUUACACAUGCAGAAACUCAAAAGACAACUUCAAAUAUGUAUUUUUAACAAAGCAGUAUUUUGCGAUAUAUCUUUGCUAUUGUGCCCUUUUUUCUGCACAAGUUUCUGUUUUAUCAAUAUUUUAGCUGAACUACCAAACUCUUGAUAGAAUCAUUUUGCAGCAAUGUACACAAUUUAUCAAACCGGUUGUGUCUUUGGGGUUGUGCACUCAUACUGCUUCGCGUUAUGGCACAGCAUGCAUGCCCAAUUUGUGACCUACCAAGCCACCGCGGUGCAGAUCACUAGCAAGAUAUUGGGAGCUGUCCUGUGCUCAGUAAUGCACUCUGCAUGGGCUGUUUGGCGAGUCGCAAGUUGUAAAGGUCUCUGUGUUGUGACUGCUGCGAAUGUCUGGGUAGCUGCAGUCCUCUUGCAGGGGGCAAAGAGUGGUGGUAAACAGCAGAGGCAGCAGACUACCAAAGUAGUUUGGGGACCGAAGACAACUAGGCACUACACUAAGCAUAUUAUGCACACAACCCCUUAAGAGUCCUGGCUAAGAGCUACACACUUUUAUUUUCUUUCAUUGCGGUUUCUGAAGGAAGUAUGUAGGUAUCACUUGAAAGAGCGGAAGCAAACUGCUGCAUGGUGCAACCCUGAAACACUUUGAAGCAAGUUUGCCAUGGCUGUGGGCCUGUUGGAAGAAUGUGCAUGUGUGUCCAAUGUUUUUUACAAGGCCGUUUUGUGUAAUUUGAAAUGCCCAUUGUAGUAGCUGUCUGCUUUGUAGAUUUGAAUGUAUUGAAAUUGAAGGCAGUUUUCAUGAAAUCAUGACUAGUUAUAAACAUUAACAAGUAAAUGAAGUUAAAAAAAUAAAUUAUUGUUUUAUAUUUCAUAUCCUUUGGCUUUUUUUUUAACUUUGACCACCUUUACCACAAUGCCUUGUGUAAGUUGCAUUGUUAGAAAUUAGGUUUAUCUGGCUGAAUGGAAUGAGUGGUGUACAUUAUUUGCUGGGAUUACUAAAACUGAGUUUAUUUUAGGACAGGUAUGGAUAGCAAGCAGGCUAGUGGCAGAAAUUCAGCUCCUGAGGCCGCCUUGCUUGGAAUCACCCUUGUGGAUUAGUUGGAAGAAAGGUUUUCUAAUCUACAUAAUUGCAAAGAAUGGGGCAGCCUUUUUCAGAGAACAAAAUUUCAUUGCUUGUCUUCUCUCCACAUUUUUUAAGUGCUCACAUAAAUUUUUUUUAAAAAGUUUGAUUCGCAGUUGCUGCUUUUCAAAUUUCAGCGCACUAAAUUCCAAAUGAGCCUUGCGAAAGCUUGAACAAAUUAAACAAUCCUAUUUGCAUGCUGUGCUUAAAAAAAAAUCAGCUGCUGUUCACUUCUGCAUGUGUCAAAAGUCAAUGAAGGAUUCUGGGUUACAUCUCUGACAAACCUUUUGGGGGAAGUCAAUUUCAAGCUGAGAACCAUACUAGAUGUGAUGUUAUUUGUGUAAUUAGCUAUUCUGCGGCUGCUUUUUUACUAUAAAUAAUCAGGACUGAGCCAGAUUUGGGGGGGGGGGGUGUUUGCCCAUGCAGCAGUCCUGCUCCAAAUUCGGCAACUCCACACCUGCUAUAUAAAAAUAAUAAUAAUCAGUCACAUAAGUACUAAAGAUGUGAAUAACAUCACUUCUAGUUUGGCUCUGAGAACACUUCCUUUAAUUCCCUUGUAGUUUAUGCUUGCUGCAGGAAGAAUAUUUGUGCUGACCCCAGUGGCUGUAUUUUCCAUUCAGACGGACCAAGCCCUCCCAAUUCUGUAAGGCAGCCUUAGCCAGCCUGGUGUUAUUGGACUACAGCUCCCAAGGCCGUACAGUGGUACCUCGGGUUACAGACACUUCAGGUUACAGACUCCGCUAACCCAGAAAUAGUACCUCGGGUUAAGAACUUUGCUUCAGGAUGAGAACAGAAAUUGUGCGGCGGUGGCGUGGCGGCAGCGGGAGGCCCCAUUAGCUAAAGUGGUACCUCAGGUUAAGAACAGUUUCAGGUUAAGAACGGAUCUCCAGAACGAAUUAAGUUCUUAACCCAAGGUACCAGUGUUCUGGCUGGGGCUGAUGAGAGCUGUAGUCCAGAACACCUAUCAGACGCCAAACCAGCAUUUUGCACUGGGCCCCAAAUCAUUAAGUGGUAGAGAAAGUUGGAGCAGCAUUGGCAGAGUCUUCUUAUGUCGGGCUUCACU